AUGCUCAAACUGGCGUUUUGCAAGCAGCCAGAUUUGAAGCAAUGGUUCGUGCGCAACGAAGUCAACCUCUUCCGAUAUCGAUUCAAUAAGAUGAGUUCGAAGGGAAAGAUACGAUUUUUCGAGCUGUCGAAAUUCAAUCUCGAGAGCAUCGAAAAAGGUGAAAUUACUGGCGAGUUGGAAGCAAAUUUAAAUGACUGCUCUAACAUAACAACUGCGUCGGCAAAAACCUGGUAUAGAAUCCCCUGGACACAGGUUGGGAGACUUGUUACACGACGUAGCAUCUUUAUUGAUGAGGGAAAAGCUUAUGUGCCAGAAGAAGACCUGAUCGAAUUCGUUGUUGGAAAGUUCCGGUCUGAAUGCAAUCGAUGGCUCGCAGGACUUGCCAAAAAGUUCGAUGUUAUGAUGGAGAACGAGCAAGAACGUCUUGUGCCGAUUUUGAAGUCGUUUGGCAACACGAUUGCGGACGCUGAUUUCUCAUCGACUGAAGGUCGCUUGACCAUCAACUCUAUUGAAACGAUGCGAAAGACAUCCUUACCUCCUUGCAUAAGACAGCUUUUGGAUGCACUUCAAGUUGAUAACAAGCUGAAACAUGACGGACGAGUACACUUGUGGGCAUUUUUCAAAGCCGCCGGAAUGCCUCUUGAAGAUGCGCUAAAGUUCACAUUCACGCGGAUGACAGCUUAUGCGAAUCCCGAGAAAGAGUUCAAAUACAACGUUCGACACGUUUACGGAAAAGAAGGAGGUGGAAAAGGAGUCGGAGCCUACGGAUGUUCUACAAAGAUCAAAGCGUUGCCCGUUGAAGGACAAUACCAAGGUUGUCCGUUCAAGCACCAGCGAAACUUGAAGCAGCAGCUUCGCAACUGGGGCGUCAAGGAGGUUGACAUCGACAAGAUCAAGAAAAAGGCCGAUGACGGUCACUAUCAGGUCGCCUGCAAUCAGUUCUUCAAGAGCACUCACAAGGACAAGGAGGAAAAGCUCGAUUUGAUCACAAUCCUUCAUCCGAACAAUUUCUUCGAUCAAAGUUUCGACUGGAACACCGGCGAGCACAAACUGCUCAAGGCUGAAGACACGGCGAAGAGUGAAGCUAUGGAAACAUCCACCUAUGAGCCGGCUUGGGAAACAACUCUCCCAAUGUCCCAGGCGGAGAAAGAAUCACAGAGCCAAAAGGAGUUCGAGCAGGACGACUUCAUGGAAGAGUAG